UGAAAGAAGAAGAAAACAAUUUGUGCGACAGGUAACAACCCUGCCAUGCAACUUGUUGCGCCGGUUUUCGAUUCUACAGGUCUCAGUCUUCAGUCUUCAAGAAUUCUCGAAUCCCCCCGGACGUUCGGCCUCCGAUACGAUCUUCUACUUGCUGGAACUGCUCUGAACAAACAACACAACUCAUCACGAUGCCUAAUCCACUGUGGUUCAUCUUCUGGCUGCUGGUCUUCUGGUUCGUCUCCUUCUUCGUGGCAUUCUUCUGCGCCUUUUUCUACAUUUGGGUUUACGCAUUUGCCUCCUGCAUUCCCGCCCUGACGGGCAUAUCGGAAAUUCUGCUUCAGGGAGUGCAAUUUCCGUUCUACUGUGGAAAAGCCAUGCUGGAGGGCAAGGCAGCCUUCUAGGAGGGAUCCUUCCUGCCUAACAAUAAACUAAGUGCCUUACUUAUAACUCUUGUUUUCGAUCAUUUUUACAAUUUACAAAUAAAGAUUUACUAACUGAUAUUUAUAAA